UCUUGUGACUGUCAACUUCCGGGACUUUCUCAAGGCAGACGAAUGUUUCGAUAAUAAUUUCUUCAGAUUGCACGACUGUAUCAAUAUUUUUUUAUCAUGUUCUUUAGUGCUGAUGAUGAAGACCAAGAUUUUCUUUCAUCAGGAGGAGGGUCUGUAUAAAAAUAAACAGAGAAUUUCUCACCGGUCAGCAUUCGUGGAAAGCACGUUAAGGGGGUGGUUCUAGAUACGUAUUGAAUUUCUAAUAUUUUUGCAGUAUAGUAGACCUAUGGAACUGUUUCUUACGACGGCACUUUAAACAAGAAACCGUGUGAUAUAUUGUGUUUAAACACGUUAACAGUCGUCAUACUUAUUGAUAAUUGCUGAUAGUCAUCGGUUGUCAUGUAAAUAGAUGGUUUUGAAUAUGGUUUAUUUAUGGUUCUCCCUCUUUAUAGCUUAUUCUAUGUAUGCGUGUUGUCCUUUCAUGCCAUUAAUGGGCCAAAAAUUGGAAAUUAAACAUUUAUUUACUUGCUUAUUCUCAGGUUUGGCUGAGUUACCUCACAGAAGGUCAUUAUUGAUUUAAAAGAAAACCAAAUAUUUUCCUAUCUUUACUGUAACUACCAACCACUUAAACUUUUCAGUAAUUAACUUGAGAUCCCAAUGUCAGAUAUAGAUUAAAAACCUACAACUUCCAAUAUGAGGAAAAUGGGGUUUUCUUUUUCAAGUGUAACAGGAAGGGAGAAAAUGCAAUGGACCAGACCGGGACUCGAACCCAGGUUGUUGCCUUCAGGUGUGAAGACAUUUAAGGAUGGAGGUGUAGCGGUCAGCCGUGUUGAUCGCCGGUGGCCAGCUAGCUCAGUUUGUAGAGCACCUGACUAGAGAUUCAGGGGGCCUGGGUUCGAAUCCUGGUCUGGUCCGUUGCAUAAAUUUUCUCCCUUCCUGUUACAUUUGGUGCUGUAGACAAUCCCCUUGAACUGACAGGGGAAAAUGCCUGCCAGGGGAUUAAGAUCCUGGGUUGAUGUCUUCAGGUUUGAAGACAUUUAAGGAGGGAGGAAUGUAGCGGUCAGCCGGGUUCGACUGCUGGUGGUAGAGCUCAGUUGGUAGAGCACCUGCAGGAGUCCUGACUAGAGAUUCAGGGGGCCCAGAUCCAAGCUGGCAUCUCUGUUUGGAGGUGGAAGUAAAGGAGGAAAUGAGUCCCUUACAUACACUGCUCCGAAGCAGCCAAAGAAAUCAGAACCAGCAGGACAGUCUAGUGCAGCUCCUCAGCUUCUGUUUGCCACUGCAGUCCAAGCCUAUAAAUAUGUUGAUGGAAAGUAUGCCAAUCAAGGAAAAUUGGGUGCAGCAGUUCUAGGCUCUCACUCCAGCCAGUCUUACAGGGUGCUGUUGUAUGUGACCAAAAAUCAGCAAGUGACAAAUGCCACAAUAUCUCCUACGUUUUCCUACACGGUACAACCAAACAAUUAUGGGAGCUUUUAUGAUGAUCAAAGGCAGACAUGGUCUUUAAUGUUUGAUUCGGAAGCUAAUGCAGUCCAGUUUGCUAAGCAUGUUGCUCUGUCAAAAGCCAACAGUGCAGGGGGAGAAUUGUCCACUCUGGUGUCUCAGGAUUUACAACUGGGUGAUGGGACAGCUGUGGACAGUGGUGACAUGGUGGAGGUCAAGUACACAGGCUGGCUUCUGUCCAGCAACACAUUCGGACAGGAAUUUGAUAGCAAUGUUAAAGCAGACAAACUCUUCAGAUUUAAAAUAGGAAGUGGAAAAGUGAUCAAGGCCUGGGAUCAGGGUGUGGUAGGAAUGAAGAAAGGUUCUAAAAGACUUCUCGUUGUUCCUCCUAGUCUGGGAUAUGGAAGCCAAGGAGCGGGCAGUAGAAUCCCUCCUAACUCAACUCUUAUAUUUGAAAUUGAGAUUGUACGAGUUAAAGUUGCCAAAUCCUCUGAGCCCCAGAGUCAGUCUCCUGCCCCUGUAAUGGAUACCUCCCAGACUUCCACCACCCCCUCCCCAGCAGACGAGCUAGAGGACAAUCAGACUGUCAAAGGGAGGACCAAAUCUAUCACAGAACACAUGGCUCAGGGAGGUUCUUCAAAUAAAGCCAAGCUGAUCUCCAGAAUGGCCAAGAUGGGACAGCCCAUGUUACCUAUGGCGGGGGCUGUCACUGCCCAGCCGGACAGUGAGGAGGAAGUGGUGAUGGAGUCGCCCCAACCAGUGGUAGAUACCCCAGCCCAGCCAACUCAUUCCACAACAAACCCCAUAGUAACCAAACCGGUGCCACAGCAUCCUCGACAACCAGCCAUGCAACCAGUAGUUCAACCAGUUCAAAUGAUGCCACAACAACCGGCAUUUCUUCAGAAUAUUCCUGCAGCCCAACAGUUGUCUGUGUACCAACCACAAAUGUUACAACAAGGGAUGAUGCCACAAGGAGCUCAGAACGGAUUUCAGCCAACCAGCACCUAUCAAGGUCAGCCACAGCAGGUAGUGGGAGGAAUGCAGCAACCCAUGUACACAGGUGCAGGACAAACACAAGAACAAAGUAUGCCCUUAAUGAACCAGGCAGGAGAUUUACCUGUCCUCUUAACAGAGACCAGGCAGCAGAAUACAGAACUAAGGUUGUCUGUGGGAAAGAUGCAAGACAAGAUGGACCAGCUCUUGGAAAAGGUUGAUAUUUUACACAAGAAAGGCCCCAUGGCUUUAGAAUCUUCACUGCCCAGCAUGGAGUCCUCAGUUUUGAUGCAUAAUAUACAAAGAAUAGUGCAGGAAAAUGAGAGACUGAAGAAAGAGGGCUAUGACAAAAAUGCCAAAAUAGAGAGACAGAAUGAGAAAAUUUCUGAGCUGUUGCAGAGCAAUCAGAUGUAUGUAGAGAAGAGUCAGAACCUUCUUGAGCAGAGAAAUGAGGGGUUUAUCACCACAGCUUCUCAAUCACAGGCCAAGGUCCUCGCCCUGGAGCAGGAGAAGGUCAAUCUAGCAACAAGAUUGAGCACAGUAACAGCACAGCUCGGGGAGACUCAGCUACAGCUAGCAACAAUCCGAGAAAAAGAGUUGUCAGCUCAGCAGAAGCUAGGCAACUCUGACCAAGAUGCUAAAAAAAGUCAGAAAGAGAUGCAGGCCAUGAAAUUACAGCAUGAAGAGGAUGAAGCUAAAAUUGCAGAAUUAAGUCAAGAUUUAAAGCAAGAGAAACAGAAAAGAAAAGACCUUGACAGUAAAUUUUCUGAAUUACAUGAGGAAUUUACAGACAUCAAGUCAACUAAUGAAACUCUGCAAAAGAAUCUAAGUGACAGAAAACGAAAGGCAGCAGAAGAAAAACGAAGAAUGGAAGAUGAAUUUGAGGAAACUAAAAUAAACUUUGAGCAAGAGAUUCAGUCACUGAGGGAUAAACUCAGGAAACAGAAAUCUUCAACAGAUGUGGUUGCAGCAGAACAGGUUUCACAAGUGGAGGAGGAAUUAACCAAGGAAUGGAAAGAGAAAUGUGACCGCCUUCUAAGUGCUGCUAAUGAUAAGCACAACCGAGCUCUUCAGGCGCUGAAGGAGGAGAAAGAGGAGAUGGAGGAAAAAGUGGCAGUGUUACAAAACAGGAUCGAGACGAUGAAGAAGGAUAAUAUGAGUGGUGAUGCCAAACACAGAGAGCUGGAAGAACAGGUCGAGGAAAUGUCUGUCUGGAAAGACAAGUAUGAUAAUCUGAGAUCUCAAGCCACAUCCAUGAAGGAGAAGUAUGAAGAAAGAAUUGAAGAACUAGAGAACGAGAAUGAGGAAUUGGAGACAGAGAAAGAGACAGCAGAGGGGAGGAUCCAAGCUCUUCAGAGAGAGCAAGCCAACCGACCAGUAGCCUCCUCAGAAGGAAGCACUGCAGGAGCUGGUGAUGUCACAAUAGAGGUGAAGAAGAUAAUGAAUUCAGUUUACCAACAACUGAGGUCCAAGUUUGAAGCUGACAAUUCUUAUCCAGGGGAUGAGGUCCUAACAGCUAUUCUAGGUGUCAUUAAGGAAACCACUAUAAAGUUAGUUCAGCAGAGCUCAUCUUCAAAACAAAAUGAAGAAGAAGAAGAUGAGGAAGAAGAAUAUGAUGAGGAAGAUAGUGAUGAUGAUGAUGACGAUGGUGAUGAUGAAGGCAGUGGAGAAGAAAAUCAAGAAAAGAAAGAGGAAAUACAUGAGACCAAUACAAAUGAAGAGGAGAAACCAGAGAAUGUCUCACCGGUGACUGUUAACAGUGACAAUUUGCCAGAUGAAAAGGAGGAAACAAACACAGAUCCUGCUGAAAUAGAACCUUCACUUCAGGAAAGUCAGGAGGAGCCGCAGUCAACAGAAAACACACCACCACAGUCUAGUCUACCACCACCCGAGAAGAUUAUUGAAAACACUCCCAUGGGCAGGGAACCAGACAAGGAGGAUGUGAAAGACCAGAUUCCCACAGAAAAUACUCCAGCUGACAGGGAACCAGACAAGGAAGAGCCGGUAAAGGCAGCCCAAAACAAAUAUGAUGACUUUGAAGUCCCUGCCAUCGUGUCACGAGAACCGCCGCCAGAUGUAGGAGAUGAAGACUCGACUGAAAGUGAGAAGAUGGAGGAGAAUAGUGAUCCCUUGUUUGGAGACGAUGAUAAUGUAGCUGAUACAUUUGGUGAUACAAUCCAAACUACAAAGGAAGACCAGGAUAAGAAGAAAAAGCCUGAAGCCAAAGAUUUACUGGAAGAUGAUGAUUCAAAGCAGCCUCCCCCUCCACUGUUCCCAGACGAUGAUGACGACGAAGAUUUAGAUUGGCUGAGCUAGCAGACAUUGAUUACAACAACAAUUUGGAUUGGCUGGGCUAGUGGACUAAUAUGCACAGGGGGAUAAAAACCUUAACAAACAGUUCUGUGAUAUUUCAUUAUGAUGAUUCUUCCAUUGUCUGUUGAUCAGAUAUUCUGUGUUGAAAGAGGACCUAUUUUGUGUGUCAUAUUGCUAUGUGGGCCUUGUAAGGACUAUAGUGCAAUUUCAUCCAGUAAUGACAUUAUUUUGUGUACUUCAUGAACUUUUGUAAAUUCAUACAUAUAUAUAUAUAUAUUGAUAUGCUGUUGAUAUGCAGAAGUUAAAGUCUGUAUGAAUUGAAAUGCAUACAAUUAUGAAGACAGGGAUGUAUUUAAGCUUUGUACAAUCCUUGAAGAAAUUAAAGUACUGGUCAAAUA